GCCCCUGUGUGUGCCUGUACCCAUAUGUUUUGCCCCUGUGUGUGCCUGUUCCCAUAUGUUUUGCCCCUGUGUGUGCCUGUACCCACAUGUUUUGCCCCUGUGUCUGUACCCAUAUGUUUUGCCCCUGUGUGUACCUGUACCCAUAUUUUUUGCCCGUGUCUCUACCCAUGUUUUGCCCCGUGUGUGCCUGUUCUCAUAUGUUUUGCCCCUGUGUGUGUCUGUAUCCAUAUGUUUUGCCCCUGUGCCUGUACCCAUAUGUUUUGCCCCUGUGUCUGUACCCGUAUGUUUUGCCUCCUGUGUGUACCUGUACCCAUAUGUUUUGCCCCCUGUCUGUACCUGUUCCCAUAUGUUUUGCCCCUUUGUGCCUGUACCCGUAUGUUUUGCCCCUGUGUCUGUACCUGUACCCAUAUGUUUUGCCCCUGUGUAUGCCUGUACCCAUAUGUUUUGCCCCUGUGUGUGCCUGUUUCCAUAUGUUUUGCCCCUUUGUGCCUGUUCCCAUAUGUUUUGCCCCUAUGUAUGCCUGUACCCAUAUGUUUUGCCCCUGUGUGUGCCUGUUCCCAUAUGUUUUGCCCCUGUGUGUGCCUGUUCCCAUAUGUUUUGCCCCUGUGUAUGCCUGUACCCAUAUGUUUUGCCCCCUGUCUGUACCUGUUCCGAUAUGUUUUGCCCCUUUGUGCCUGUACCCGUAUGUUUUGCCCCUGUGUGUGCCUGUACCCGGAUGUUUUGCCCGUGUGUACCUGUACCCAUAUUUUUUUUCCUGUGUCUGUACCCAUGUUUUGCCCCUGUGUGUGCCUGUACCCAUAUGUUUUGCCCUGUGUGUGCCUGUACCCAUAUGUUUUGCCCUGUGUGUGCCUGUACCCAUAUGUUUUGCCCGUGUGCCUAUACCCAUAUUUUUUGGCCGUGUGUGCCUAUACCCAUAUUUUUUGCCCGUGUGUGCCUAUACCCAUAUUUUUUGCCCGUGUGUGCCUGUACCCGUAUGUUUUGCCCCUGUGUGUGCCUGUACCCGUAUGUUUUGCCCCUGUGUGUGCCUGUACCCGUAUGUUUUGCCCCUGUGUGUGCCUGUACCCAUAUGUUUUGUCCCUGUGUGUGCCUCUACCCGUAUGUUUUGCCCCUGUGUGUACCUGUACCCAUAUUUUUUGCCCCUGUGUCUCUACCCAUGUUUUGCCCCGUGUGUGCCUGUUCUCAUAUGUUUUGCCCCUGUGUCUGCCUGUACUCGUAUGUUUCACCCCUGUGUCUGUACCCAUAUGUUUUGCCCGUGUGUGCCUGUACCCGUAUGUUUUGCCCGUGUGUGCCUGUUCCCAUGUUUCGCCCCUGUGUCUGUACCCAUAUGUUUUGCCCGUGUGUACCUGUACCCAUAUGUUUUACCUCCUGUGUGUACCUGUACCCAUAUGUUUUGCCCCCUGUCUGUACCUGUACCCAUAUUUUUUUGCCCCUUGUGUCUGUACCCAUGUUUUUCCCCUGUGUGGGCCUGUACCUGUAUGUUUUGCCCCUGUGUGUGCCUGUACCCGUAUGUUUUGCCCCUGUGUCUGUACCCAUGUUUUGCCCAGUGUGUGCCUGUACCCAAAUGUUUUGGACCUGUGCCUGAGCCAUUCUGUUCUCUCCCCACGCUGCUUCGUGCCACACUUUUUACUGUUAUAUGUAAAAACCUAAGUCAACAGAUGACUAGAGGUGUAAGUAAGUGAACCCAUAACACUUAGCAGUGAGAAACCUCAUUGACUGGUAAGUGCACAACUCAUUGCCUGGUUUGGGUGUUGGAUAAAUGGCUGAUGGGUGUGAAAUUAUGUCCUAGACCUAAAGUUGGCCAUACACAUGGGACCUCUCCGGCAAUGUGCCCCACCUGUAAAGAUAGCAAAUACAGGGGCAAAUAAUCUGCCACAUUGAGCUGAUAAACCCAACCUCAAGUGUCCCGGAGACGCUGCUUUCACCGCAGAGACUUGGACCCAUAUAUACACCUACUGCCUAUAUCUCAGCACCAUCACCCCACGUGAGGGUAACUGGGCCAUCAGCUAGCCCUGAAAUAUUACACAAGAGAGUGCCCCUCUGUUUUUGCUUUCUUCCUCCCUCCUUCCAAUUCAGCUGAUAAAACCCAGUUCUGUUUUUUUAGCUGACCAUUGAAAAAAUCCAGGAAAGCCGAUCACGUUUUCUGCAGAGCAAAGUGUGAUGUCAUCCAUCAUCAACAGUCACCUGUAUUUAAUUUACAGACAGUGGUUGGGUGAAAUUGCCAAAAUUGUCCAUGUUGGCCAACCAUUAUCUUGUGUAUGGCAAGCUUUAGAAUUGUUAAUCACAUUGAGAAAGCAAAAUGGAUGUGUUGGUGUAAAGAGAGGUAGGAUGUUGGUUAGGUGUAGAGAGGUUGGAUGUUCGGUGGGUGUAGAGAAGUUUGAUGUUGGGUGGGUGUAGAGAGGUUGGAUAUUUGGGUGUAGAGAGGUUGGAUGUUUGGGUGUAGAGAGGUUGGAUGUUGGUUAGGUGUAGAGAGGUUGGAUGUUG